AUUUGGUGUCUUCUUUCUCUCGUUAUGUCUUCGAAAUUCAGGAAAUUCAUCAUGUCAUUCCAUUGAUCAGUGCCAAGGCCUAUUACAGGCUGAGUGACAGGAUGGAAGUGCCAGUGAGAGUAGUGACGAGGGUGCGACCACAGACAGCACAGGAGCACAACCAUGGAACGUGUAUUCAGGUUGCUCCAGCAGCCUCUCAGGUCAUCCUGGGUUAUGACCAUUUUUGUGACUUUGAUGCAGUCUUUGGUCAUGAUGUCACACAAAAGGAACUGUAUGACUCCUGCCUGUCGGAUAUGGUUAUCAACUUCUUUCAGGGAUACAACGUGACAGUGGUCGGGUAUGGGCAGCGUGGUUCGGGCAAGACAUACACUAUGACAGGCCCAGACUUCUUGUGGGCUAUGAAUGAAGAGGAGUUUGGACUUUUGCCCCAGGCAGUGCGGCACGUUUUCAAUCUCAUGAGGGAAUGCCCAGGGAGAGAAUACCGUGUACAUGUGAGCUAUCUGGCAGUGCAAAGGGAUGCUGUGUAUGACCUGCUCUCCACCUCCAACUCCUAUAUGCAACUGAAUGUGCUAGAAGACAAUAUGGGUAAUGUCGUCAUUCCUGGCCUAAAUGUGAUUGACUGCAGCAACAUCACAGAGGUCAUCAACUGCCUAGAGGCUGGCCUAGUCCACCGACACACUGCAGCUAUCCACAGCCACGAUCCCUCAGCCUCACACGCAAUCUUCUCCCUCAUUCUGGAGCACCAGUGGACGGAUCCAGAUGGGAAGCUAAAGUACCUGUAUUCGCGGAUGAGCUUUGUUGACCUCGGAGGCUCAGAGAGACUUGUGCAGUUUGGGUAUGGGGACUAUGGGCGCCCUGGUGAGGAAUCCUUCUUCCUCAACUCCGAUCUGAAGGCUUUAGGAAAUGUCAUCCAUUGUUUGGCAGACCAAACAUACAAGGGGCCUAUACCUUACAAGGAGUCAAAGUUAACACAUAUUUUAAAGGAUGCAUUUGGUGGCAACAGCCUAAGCCUGAUGGUCUGCUGCCUGUCUCCAUCAGCUGAAGACUUUGAUGCCUCCUUCAAUACUCUGAAGUAUGGUGGUCUGGCACGCUACAUCCUCAAUUUCCCUGCGGUCAACAUGGCGAUUCAAAAUAGUGCUCGUGGAUCAACAGCAACCAUGUCUCCCAGUUCUGCUCACACAACAUUACCUCAUCAGUCUGGGAGCAGACAGUCAACUUUAACUGGCAUACAAAGCAGUGUGCAGCAGUCCUUGGGAACAGUUCAGCAGUCAACAGGCACCAAUGACACAUCUACUGUUGCAGCACUAGAUGAUGCAGGUUCAGUGGACACUGAGGACAUGUUCAAAUUUCAGUUUGCUGCCUCACAGUGGCAGUUGUUAGUCUCUAGUGCUGAGGAUCUUCUCUCUGAGAUCCUGCGUAGCACUCAGGUGUCCCCAACAGAGAAGGCACGCAUUGAGUCUUGGCUGUGCUUAAAGGCAGAGGCAGAGGAGUGCAUAGGGAUGGACUUGGGGCCUCUGCGCUUCAAUGCGGCCACGAACCGUGUUCUAGAGGUUAUAGAGGAGUUAAGUGAGCCAGAGGCCAACACAACAAUGGAAUCUGGGACAGAAAUGUCACAUUCAGACAGUGAUACUUCUUCAAUGUCCUCCUUUGGGGAAGAGUUUUAUGACCAGUUGGCUGUCCUUAAAGGACGGUUUCGCUCCGUCACAGAUGAUGUAGUGAAUAAAGUGCAGGAAAGCCAUGACACCCUUGCCAAAGUUAGGCAAAGUGCAGAGAGAAGAAAAUCUGAGUUGGCCAAGAAGCAAGAGGACAAGGCUCAGUCCAAGAACACAUCCUCCAGAAAGUCCUCGAGACAUUCUCACAAAACAGCAGAGUCUAUUCUCUUGACAAAGGGGCUUCAGAUGGCUCCUCGGAAAACAAGGGAGAAUGUCAGUUCCUCGGUAGAAAGAAGCUCCUCAGUCUCCUCAUCUCUAACCUCAGCAUUGGUACCUGAGGGUCGUUUGUCUGUGAUGUCUCAGGUUAAUUCAUCAAUGAAAUCGGAAGGUGUUGAUGUCAAGUCUUCUGUUCAUUCUGAUAUUGUUUCAGAUGAAGAGCAUGAAGUGCCAAAUCCUAGAAGAAAAUCUUCACUCUCCAGCGUGUCAAGGUUUUCCCAGAUUUCAAAGUCAUCAAGAAGAAAAUCAAAAUCCGAAAAGAUAGGAGAUGAUGAGGAAAGCAGUACGUCACUAGUGGAAGAAGUCAAGCGUUUGUCUGCAUCUCAAGACCUCCGCAGAGGCCAAAUCCGCCGGGUUAGUGUAGAGUUGCGAGCAGCGCAGCAACGGCUCAAGCAACUGAAUGCAACGAUUAGGUUGAAGGAAGCUUUUAUCCGAGAGUUGGUGCGCUGUGGGGGGGAAGCCGAGGUGACGAAACGGAAGUGUGAGGCUAAGAUGGAGCGACUGGAAAAGGAGAUUCACAGGGCUCGGCAGCUCUAUGAGGAAGCCCAGAAUCAGUUAAAGGAAUUGCGGGAAGGGGAAUCCGAAGAUGUUGGCCAAUAUCGCAGUCGUGUCGAUUCCCUGAAAAAGCAAAUUUCACAUUACCAGAAGAAACUCUUAACCCUAGAGAAAGUUUCGGCCAUCUCACAACAGGCGGACACCAAAGUAGAGGAGUUGGAGGGCAGUGUGAGGGAAAUGAGACGGCAGCAAGAGGAACUCCAAACACGUCUUCGUGAGGAAUUGCAGCGCAAAGAAGAACUUGAACAACAGAUCAUUGUUGACCAGCGGAGGAUUCGGGCCCUGGAAAUAAGGCUCAAGCAAGAUGAAGGGGAGACGGAGAGUGACCGGGGCUGGCUAGCUGAGGAGGAAGAGCGUAUCCUGAAGUUGCGUGAGGCAACACAGCAACUCCAGAAUGAGGUCAAGAUGCGUGAGGAGGCAGUCAAGCAGAGAGAGUGGAUGCACAAGGAGAAACUUCGCUUGGAGACUUCCAGACAAGACUCUGAGGAAAGAAGAAAAGGCAGUGGCAAUGAAGAGGCGCUAAGGGAAAGGCGUGAGUCAGACCUAAGAGAAGAAAUAUCUCACCUGCGAGAUGCGCGGGAUUCCCUUAUGGUGAGAAGACAGAAGCUGAAUAGAAGAAUACACAAGAGUCACGGUCGUGGAGUGGGAUCUGGUGAAGAGCGGCGUCUGCUGGAGCUGGACGAGGCCAUAGAAGCAGUUGACGCAGCAAUUGAGUACAAGAACGAGGUCAUUUGUGGUAGGGCGAAGGAGCUCAAGUCCACUGCCAAGCUCCUUAGUCAUGAUAAUCUAAUGGAGCGCUUGAUGAACCUGUGCCCCGAGGAGACCCGAUCCCUUCUAGUCAAGUAUUUUAACAAGGUCAUCGACCUAAGGAUUGAGUUUCGCAAGCAGGAGAUCUCGUUUUCUGACCUUGAGACCCAGUAUGAUGAGCAGCAGAGAUACAUUAGUGACCUGAAAGCAGCGUAUCAGCAGGCAAGUUUAGAGAUGGAGCGGAGAAUAACGUCCCAGCAGCGUGACUAUCAGCAGAAGAUUUCCACAUUAUUGCGUCAGUUUAAUGAUGAUUCGUCAGGUUCUGGUGCACAAGAGUUUCGUCUGCGUGAGAUGGAACAGCAACUCUUCUACUACAAGAAGUUGAGUCGGGACCUGAAGGCAAAAUUGAGGCAAUAUAGUGAAGAUGUGCGAAGUGACAGGCCCAGAGACCCUCUGCCAGAUACUCCUUCAACAAAAAGCAAGCAGCCCACGGCCGCACUGAGCACUCCCUCCCGUUGCAUGCCCUCCUCGCAGCCUGCCUCGGGCGCCUCCACCGGCGCCGACGCAGGCGCCAACAUGCCCCAAUACUCAUUUGUAUCCUAUUUAUGGUUUUAUACUAAUUCUUGUAAAGAUAAAGAUUUCGAAUAUGAGUAUAUGAAGGCUAGAUUAUUCAAAUAA